AUGGAACAUAAUGGUGGGGGUUCAAUCGGUUUGUUCAGCGAGGAUGAAAAGCUGUGGGCAGAAGCAAACGAAUGCUACUUUACGGACUCAAUAACUGACGGGCAUGACGAUUAUGUGCAAUGGAGCUUAGAAGAAUUGCACGACGACCCAUUAUUGGAUUAUCAGUUGCUUAACUCAGCGAAGAUGACAAACUGUGGGCAUGAGCACUAG